ACCACAAAGAAUGCCUUUGGCUUACACCUGAUAGACUACAUGACCGAGAUCCUGAAACAGAAGGACUCUGAACUGACCAACUUCAAGGUAGCAGCUGGCACGCUUGAUGCCAGUGCAAAGAUUUACGCCGUGCGCGUGGACGUGGUCCACGCAGAUACCUACAAAGUUCUUGGAGGCUUGGGCAAAGACUCGGCACCUACAAAAGACGUGGACAGCCCAGAAGGAGAAGACAGUCCAGCUCCUGAGGCUGUCAAGACAGUUCAGAAAAAGAAAAAGCACUCAUUCAAAACCAUCGAGCAGAACUUGAAUAACAUCAAUGUGUCGGAGGCUAAUCGCAGAUGUGAGGUUGAUCCCAUGUUCCAGAAAACAGCCGCAUCUUUUGAUGAAUGCAGCACAGCUGGCAUUUUCCUCACUGGGCUGCAUACCCAAAGCUGGCACAGUGAGCUCCUCUUCGAUUCGAAGAUCGUGCCUCUCCCUUCUUCAGAGACGCUCACGUUGCCAAGCUCUGAUCCUGUAAAAGUGACCGAUUUAAAGCCCCUGCUAACACAGUGCGUUGAGAAACGUCCCAUCUGCUCUUCGCUGGCUGGUUUCCAGUUUACAAAGUGGGAUGCUGAAUCCCACGAUGAGUCAGUGUCAGCCCUGUUGGAUAAGUUUAAGAAGAGUGAUCAAGUGUUUGAUAUCAAUGCGGAGAUAGACAGUGAUAUGGAAGACUGUGUUCCCACCCUAACUGAUGCAGUUCCUUUUGGAGAGGGAGACAUCGGGACCAUGUGCCUUCAUCUCUCCAUGAAACCAGGGGAAUACUCCUACUUCAGUCCCCGAACUCUCUCAAUGUGGGCUGGCCCAGAGCACUGGCGUUUCAAACCUCGACACAAAUCAGGUGCUGGCUCUGAAAAACAGACCAAGAAAAGGAGUGCGAAGAAAGCAUUUGAAAUUAACUUUGAUGAGGAUAUUGACUUUGAUGCAUAUUUCCGUAAGACCAAGGCACCUGUAACUCUAGCCAAAUCCAUUCUGGAAAGCCAGAAUGUGAAGAGCACCACGCUUCCCACAGACUUCAACUAUGACCCUAACAACAUGCUCCAGCUGUUCCUCAAACCCGUUGUUAAGCUCUGCAGGAUGUCUGAGCCAGACAGCUCGUUAGAUCACGAAGAUGAGAUCGGCGAGUACGAUUACAACAACCCCAAUGACACCUCCAAUUUCUGCCCUGCAUUGCAGGCUGCAGACAGCGACGAUGAUAACAACACCAUUCAAUUCAUGGGCCAGACAGGGGAGUUCAACCUCACCACCCACCCCGAGGGUCAAGACGCUGAGCUCAGCAGGGUCGGCGGCGGUGUCGAUAUCACAACGUACGGAGAGCUGAACCUCAUUGCUGAGCCCCAGAAGGUCAAUAAGAUAGCAAUUCAGUAUGCAAAAACAGCCAAGAAAAUGGACAUGAAGAGGUUGAAGAAAAACAUGUGGGACCUCUUGACUGAUGGACAGAAGAAAGAAACAGUGGCAGAGAUGGAAGAUGCAGAGAAAGAGAACGACAGGUCAGUAGUAGCCGGCGAGAAGGUCUUCAGCGGCAUCACAAAGGAACUGCUUCACAGGCUGCCUUCUGUGAUGGCUAGCAACCUGUCUGUCCCCUUAGCCUUCACCUGCCUCUUGCAUUUGGCAAACGAGAAGAACCUGAAGCUGGAGGGCACAGAGGACCUGUCUGAUGUCCUAGUGAAACAAGGCGACUGA